GAAUGAAUUAAAUCAGAGAUACUUCUCUCCUGUUCUUUACUCCACUUCAUAUCUCCCAUCCCAAGGUGGAAACAUGUGAAUAGUAAAACAAACCCAACAUUAUUACCUCAAUCCCCCAUUUAAUAAUUUAAUACUAAUUUACUACUAACCCCCUACAUUAGUCAAAACAAAUUCAAAUCCAACAAAUGUACAGUAGUAUAGUAAUAGCCAGUAGCUACAUCACUUAAAGCUGCAAAUAACACCUCGAAAAUCACCCCAUCUUUGUUCAAACUCAAAACAACCCUUCUUCUUCUUCCUCAUCAACUGUGUGUCUGUGUGUCCAACUUCUUGUUGCAAAAGUAGCAACUUCUUGUUGCAAAAAUAGCCACUUUGAUCAUUCUUGAAGCUGUUUUCUCCAUGCAAAAAAUAAAAUAAAAUGGAAUCUUUAUUAUAAAGAUUGAAUCUUUAUCAUUCUUGAGAUUAAAGAUUGAAUCUUUACAACUCUAAAUCAUGCAUCUUUCAAACCUUUUAGCAAUUGUUAUUCUUUGUUUCUUCACAUUUGCUAUCUUUCCUACUUUUGCACUGAAUUCAGAUGGACUUUCAUUAUUAGCUUUAAAAUCAGCUAUUUCUUCUGACCCAACUGAAUUUCUUGCAUCUUGGUCUGAAUCAGACUCAUCACCAUGUCAUUGGAAUGGAAUCAAAUGUGAUGAUCAAAAUCAAAAAGUCAUUUCCAUUUCACUCUCAGCCAAGAAUCUCACUGGCUAUAUCCCUUCUGAAAUUGGUGCACUUUCAAAUCUCUCAAUUCUCACUCUUUCCUACAACAACUUCUCUAAACCAAUCCCAAUUCAUCUCUUUAAUGCUACUUCACUUCACUCACUUGACCUUUCACACAAUGCAUUCACUGGUUUUUUGCCUGAGCAAAUUACUUCACUUAUUAACCUUAAUCACCUUGAUCUUUCUGCUAAUUUUCUUAAUGGUUCACUUCCUGAGGAGCUAACUGAGCUUACUCAGCUUACUGGGACUUUGAAUCUUUCGUAUAACAGAUUUUCCUUCGAAGUUCCGGUGAGUUAUGGUAAGUUUCCGAUGACGUUGAGUUUGGACUUGAGGCAUAAUAAUUUGACUGGUAAAAUACCUUCAGUUGGGUCAUUGUUAAAUCAAGGGCCUACUGCAUUUUCGGGGAACCCUUUACUUUGUGGGUUUCCAUUGGAGACUCCAUGUGCAGAACCAGAAGCUCAAAAACCUAGCGUUUUGCCAAAUCUUGAAACCCCUAAAGAUUUAGGGUUUGUAGAAAAGGGCAAAUCUGGAAAUGGGUCGGUGGCAGUUUCUUUAAUCUCUGGCGUAUCGGUGGUGAUAGGAGUAGUGUUUGUUUCAGUGUGGGUAUUGAGGAAAAAAUGGAAGUUGGAUGAGGGUAAAAUGGGAAAAGAAAAGUUUGAUAAGGAGAAGUCACAGUCACAGGAGGUGGUUGGGUUUGGUUGUGGGGGGAGUGAGGGGGAGGGGCAAAAGGGUAAAUAUGUAGUGUUUGAUGAAGGGUUUGGGUUGGAGUUGGAGGAUUUGUUAAGGGCAUCAGCUUAUGUGGUGGGGAAGAGUAGGAGUGGGAUAGUUUAUAAAGUGGUGGCAGGUGGCGGCAGGGGAUCGGCGGUAGGUGGUGGCGCUGCGGUGGUCGCUGUUCGGAGAUUGAGCGAGGGGGAUGCCACGUGGCGGUUCAAGGAGUUUGAGACGGAGGUGGAAGCCAUUGGGAAAGUACAACAUCCAAAUGUGGCGAGGCUUAGAGCUUAUUACUAUGCAAGUGAUGAGAAAUUGCUGGUUACUGAUUUCAUCCGCAAUGGCAGCUUGCACGAUGCCUUACAUGGAGUACCUGGUAAUUCCCUGCCACCAUUGUCGUGGGCAGCUAGACUGAAGAUCGCUCAAGGCAUAGCUCGGGGUCUAAUGCACAUUCACGAAUGUAGUCCUAGGAAAUAUGUUCAUGGGAACAUAAAAUCGUCGAAAAUCCUUCUUGACGAUGAUUUGCAAGCUUACAUAUCCGGUUUUGGGUUGACUCGUCUUAUUUCAGGCUCCUCGAAGCUCGUUAAUAGUAGUACCAAGAAGCUGAAUACAAGUCAAAUCAUAGUAAGCCCUAAAAACUCAACUUCAUCAUCCAUUAUGUACGUAGCACCUGAGUCUCGAGUUCCUGGCUCCAAGUUCACACAAAAAUGCGACAUCUAUUCGUUUGGGAUUGUGCUUUUGGAGAUGUUGACUGGUCGGUUGCCAGAUGGAGGAUCGGAAGAUGAUGGAAAGGGGCUCGAGAGUCAUGUUAGGAAGGUUUUUAGGCAAGAACGACCCUUGUCCGAGAUCAUAGAUCCUGCUCUCUUGAAUGAGGUUCAUGCCAAAAAGCAAGUCGUUGCAGCAUUUCAUAUUGCUCUCAACUGCACAGAACUGGAUCCCGAGCUUCGGCCAAGGAUGAGAACAGUUUCUGAUAACCUUGAUCGUAUCAAACUGCAGUGAAGGGAAACUCAAUGGUAUAUCUUGUAAAAAGCUUUUGAGUUUUGGGGUCACCUAAUGUAGAAGUUGUUUAGCGUUGUGAAUCGGAUUUUUCAGUGUACUUGACUGUUUUUUUUGUUGAAUCAUCAAUGAAAAUUGCUUGUGCUAACCA